GUUUUUAAUGUGCGAUAGGAUGUAGCGUAAUAAUGACUACUAAACAGCGCCUAUACGAGUAUUUUCCUCCUUAACACAAAGCUUAAGUUUCACGUAGGGGAGGUGAAAAGUCGACGUGGGAGAUUGUAUUCGAAAUUGAUACUACUUGGAAUGUGAUACUUGAUACUAUUUAUAAUCCGAUAGGAGGGAAUGUGUUAGUACUUCUCCAACUAUUAGUGCGGUGACUACUAUAAUGUAUCAAGACCGAAGAAAAGUUAUUGUCAUUGGUGGUGGAUUGGUUGGAUCACUGUGCGCAUGCUUUAUGGGUCAAAAGGGAUACCAUGUUGUGCUUUACGAAAAGAGGUCAGAUCUUCGAAAAGAUACGUACAUGCGAGGAAGGUCAAUAAAUCUUGCCAUAUCACACAGAGGUCGCGUUGCUUUAAGGAGUGUUGGGCUGGAGGAAACUGUUUUGGGAUCAGCUAUACCAAUGCAAGGAAGGCUUCUCCAUGGUAAAACCGGCGCACUGCAGUCUAUGCCAUAUGAUCCAGUUUUCAAUAAUUGUAUCUACUCAAUUGGAAGGAACUCCCUCAAUGAAGUAUUAUUGAAUGCUGCAGAAAACUACGACAACGUGAAGGUGAAGUUUGACCACAAACUGGUGAACGCAGAUAUUCGGAGAGGUGUAAUCAGAGUGCAAAACAAAACUACGACAGAGGUUUUUGAGGAGACAGCUGACCUGAUAAUUGGAGCUGAUGGUGCGUACAGUGUUCUAAGAUCUGCUAUGCUAAUGACACCUAUGUUCCAGUUCAAUCAGACCCACAUAGAACACGGUUAUCUGGAAUUAUAUAUACCUGCGAGUUUGGGAGACAAGAUGACGCCAAAUCAUCUACAUAUAUGGCCAAGGGGUCAAUUCAUGAUGAUAGCACUACCAAAUAAAGAUACGUCUUGGACUGUUACCCUGUUUAUGCCACUCGACAACUUUACCUCUUUACGUGAUGAAGACAGCAUAAUGUACUUUUUUGAAAAUAUAUUCCCCGAUGCAGUACCACUGAUUGGAAAAAACAGCCUUGUACAUACCUUCUUAAGCACGAAACCCUCUCAGCUAAUAUCUAUUAAAUGUAGUCCACAUCAUUUUGGGUCGAAGUUUCUAAUCAUUGGGGAUGCAGCGCACGCUAUGGUACCAUUUUAUGGACAAGGGAUGAAUUCAGGAUUUGAAGAUGUAAGUGUCCUAAGUGAGUUGCUGGACAAGAACCAUCUGGAAGUUAAAGAAAUCAUCAAACUCUAUAGCGAAAUGCGCGUUCAAAAUGUCCAGGCUGUUUGCGACUUGGCGAUGUACAAUUACGUUGAAAUGCGCGACUUGGUAAUGAGAAAAUCCUUCAGAGCACGAAAAGCUGUAGACGAGGUUCUCUACAAACUGUGUCCGAAGAUUUGGUUUCCCCUUUACAACUCCGUAAGCUUCUCCAGCUUAGAGUAUAGACGCUGCUUAGAAAACAAAAAACUUCAAGACAAGAUAUACAGUUUGCUGGUAGGAGUGUUGCUUCUCUCCUUCUUGUUUGUUUUCAUCAAUAUAUUAAGGUAUUGACUGCAAGAGCGGUACAGGGAACCACGAUGCUACGCAGUAUUUAAAGAAUUUCUUUUAUUAUAAAGAAUAUCCAAUAUUCACAAAAAUAGUCAAAUACUGUAUGAGAUAUAUAAAGAUUUUUCAUAAAUAUGUAGAGUUCAAGUUCGGUUAUAUAUUUGUAAAACUAAAAAUACAAUUUCAACUGGUUUGACCUUUAAUAUAUUUUGUAACCAGCAACAACUUGUCAGGUAUUAUUUAUCGUGUCUAUCCGAAAGUGGUAUGAGAACAUUGUUGGUUAAAAUGGAAUCCACGCAUUGUGACUGCAAGUUUAAGUAUACUCUACUUCACGAGUAUCCAUCACGUUUUGACGUCUACUGAUGUGAACAGAGCUGAUCAUUUUUGUGUUACCCUGCAACGUUGGUAAUAACGAAUCGGGUGUACAUUUAGUAAAACUUAUUCGUAAGGUUUUGUUUUUU